UAAAACAUAAUGGAUCUCAGCAGUGGAAGUGUACAGGUAAAACAACUACAGUGCUUUGACAUAUAAUUCUUAACUGCAGCUAAAGAAAUCACUACAAGGCCUGAUGAACUUGUAAAUAUAAAAGCAAGACUUCUAGAUACAAUUAUUGUAAAAAAGCAUAAGCAAACAGUAAUGUAUCAUUGCAGAUGCCAGAAAAACAUUACAAACACGUAGAAUGCUUCUUAAAGUCAUAAACUUGUUCAGUGCAAAAACUUAAGGUAUGGAAAGAUGAACAAGACAAGAAAUAAAGCUAAGGUUCUGACUGAAAAUACAAUCAGAGGCACUAAUGCAACAUUAUGAAUGCCAUUGUCACUUCUUAGCAACCAAGUAAACUUCUCCCUGGAAAAUAAUCUGGUUUCAUCAAUAGAACUUUAGAGCACGUAUGAAGAAAUAAGAAAUUUGACAAAAUGUCAAUGUUGAGAGAAGGAAGCGGUCCUGAGGUAAGUGAUGAGGAAGGAGAUAACAUCCUAGAGGCUAAAGAAGAGGAUAAAGUGGAAAUUGAAACAAAGACAACAGAAGAACAACCAGACUGUGUAAAACAUGACACUGCCGUGACAGAUGAAUCCACUAAUCUACAAGAAGCCUUGCAGAGCUUAAAAAAAGCAAAUGCUGUGCUUCAGGAGAACUUAAGAAAGAUCCAAAUAGAUCAAGUUUCACAAACAGAAGUACUGUCAAGAGAGCAAAAACAAAAUAACAUUCUGGCUAAAGAGCUAAAAAGAAAAGAAGCUCAGACAGCCAGUCUUAGUGCUGAAGUGGAUCACUUGAAGGCACUUAUUGCAGAUGUCGAAAGGUCACAUCAGGAGCAGCGGCAAAGGCAUGCAAAGUUUCAAAUGAAAAUGGCUAAAAUGACAAAUGAACUUAAACAAGACAAAGACGUUAUUGAGAAGCUCAAAGAUGACGAGAAGGAGAAAUUGGCCAAAAUUACGGACAUAACAGAUCAACUCCACAUCCAAAAGCAGGAAAAUCUCAUCAAAAACAAAGAAAUUCAGUCGUUACACCUCAAAAAUCAAACUCUUCAAAAUGAUAUAGAUGCAAAAGACAAAAGUGUGUUGUUGCUACAAGAUAAGGAAAGCCAGCUGGUAGGAGAUCUCAAAAAGGAACAAAAGAAAUAUGACAACCUCCAUACUGAGUAUGUUGCAGUGGUUACCCAGCAGCAGAAGAAUGCAGAUAAAGUAAAACAGUUGACAAAUGAAAUUCAAAGUCUUUGCGAUGAAAACAAAAGCCUGCGAUGUAAACUUGAGGAUUCAUGGAACAAGAGACAGGAUGUUUAUGAUGCUGCUGUCUGUCAGCAGCAAAAGGACAUUGACAAAAUUGACUUUCUCACCCACGAGAACCGAAAACUGGCUUCGGAAAACAAAUUGCUGCACAGUAGAUUGGAAGAUGCCCUGAAUGAGAAACAGCUUUCAUAUGAUGCUGCUCUCUCUCAGCAACUAAAGGAUACGGAUCAACUGGACCAACUGACAUAUGAAAAUAAACAACUUACCACUGAAAUCAAGAGGUUGCAAACUCAGCUUAAGGAUGCCCUGACUGAAAGACAGCAUGUCUAUGAUGCUGCAGACUUUAUGCAGUUAAAAGAUGCAGAAAAAGUUGACCAACUCACUUAUGAAAAUCAAAUGCUGUCAGCUGAAAACAAGAGGUUACAAAGCAAAUUUGAGAAUGCACAUAACGAAAGACGUAGUUCUUCCAAGGAUGAUGAACAUGUGCCCCCCAAAUGUCAACAACAAAUGGUCACACUGAGUAAUGAAUGA